AUGGAUCAAAUGAUGGGUGGAGGCGAUGGCGGAAUGGUCGGCCAGGCGGGAUUUCCCCUCGAGACAUGGUUCUGGGAAAUGCCUCUAUGUACAAGAUGGUGGACGACAGCCACUGUGCUUACUAGCCUUCUGGUACAAUGUGAUAUCGUUGGGCCGUUCCAGCUAUACUAUAGCUUUCGAACCGUCUUCUUCAGACAUCAGUAUUGGCGCCUCCUUACCACGUUUUUAUACUUCGGUCCCCUGUCCCUAGACCUCGUCUUCCACGUCUUCUUCCUUCAACGAUAUUCGCGAUUGCUAGAAGAAUCAGCUGGUCGUUCGCCAGCACACUUCUCGUGGCUAUUGCUAUAUGCGACUACCUGUUUGAUCUGUCUAUCGCCAAUGGUGUCGAUGAUAUUCCUUGGACAUCCACUCUCUUCAACCCUCGUUUACAUUUGGUCAAGGCGCAACCCAGAUACCAGGCUGAGUUUCUUGGGACUACUGGUGUUCACUGCUCCAUACCUCCCAUGGGUGUUGAUGGGCUUCAGUUUGAUUGUGCAUGGCACGAUUCCUAAGGAUGAGAUUAUGGGAGUCGUUAUUGGACAUGUGUGGUAUUUCUUCUCGGAUGUGUAUCCUCCCCUACACAACGGCUCUCGCCCAUUCGAUCCUCCGAUGUGGUGGAGACGCAUAUUUGAAGGAAGGCCACGAGAGGAGACAGCUGAUGCUAUCAACAAUGAUAUUGUAGCCGCUGCGGCCCCUGCCCCCGAAGUACGAUAA